CUGGAGUGGAGAGAAGUGGCAUCUAGAUAUCUGGCUGACGUUUGUCGUGACAUUAGAAUUGUAAAUCUGUCAUAGCGCACACUGCAUGCUGCCUCCUAGAUCCUGAGCACAGCUGAUCUUCUGACUUCUGCCUGAAUGAGUGUCCAACCACUCGCACUCUCCCUGAUUUCUUUGCUCACUGGUGAGCAACAGUACCUUCCUUGAUUUCAGGUAAGCAAAUAUCUCAAUUUUAUGGUGCGACGACGCCUCUUGGAUGAUACUAUUGUCACCUUGCCCUGCACCAGUACCAGUGGUGCAGCGAGUACCCUAGUUUCCUGUCCUCCAAUGUUGCACGCUAGCUGCUGCUGGCAAAGUCGACUUGGUGCGAAUCGCACUGGGAUGUGUGCACUGGAGAAAGGCACAGUAUAAUCGUAUCAUCGAAUCGUGCAAGCUGGGCUUCACUACAAAGACAUCAACUGCAAACUCACACAGCAAUCAUCAUGUUCGUCGACCAUCACCUUAUGGCCAGCACAGGCGCUCCCAAAGAGGAGGGCGUCAAGUUUGAUGCGUAUAGCACAAGUUACGAGAUGGGUCACGGCCACCAUGGUCUAAACCCACGGUCACCACCAAGGCAGAAGGAUACUGGUUACUCCAGCAAUUUCAGACCAGGCGUGUACUAUCGGCCAGAGCUUGACCAGAUGGACAACCCAUCGUUCGUCCCUGUCAUUGCUGAGGCUCACAGCAGAAAGACAAUGAUGCAGAACCACUAUCCUCCACUGAUUCCCGGUGACGAUGGAAGGAGUGCUCCACCAGUGUUAGUGCCAUCGGACGUACCGCACAACAUGAGUGCAUUUGGCAAGCAGGGUGCACCCUACACCCUGCCUCUUGAGAGUGAGGGACGGCGCUAUUAUGCCACCGAACGCUCUAGGGGUUCCUUCACAAUCCCGGUGAAGACGGACGAUCACUUGAAGACGUUGACGGUUCGUCGUGACCCCGUUGAAUCGGAGAACAGCCAUCAUGGUCCUGCAUACAUGAGCACUGAAAUGGGAACACGAUAUCAAGGAAGACCUACCGGUCGAAUGAAUGUCAAUCAGAAAUCAGUUGGCAAGUACACAGAGAGUGGCUGGACAAAAUCACAGAACCUUGAGCCUGUGACGUUCCGAGCCGAUGACCCAUUCUCUACAUUAACUGCCAGGAGGCAGUAUGAGACAAGGCCCAUCGGUAGGUCAACAUUUAAAACGGACUAUAUUACGCCAGGGCCCAGGAUUAGGGGUACAGAGGAUAUGCCGGCAUUGCAGCUUGCAGGCAAUGAAUACCAUGACACAGGGUUCACUCGCGGUGGUGACACUAGCGCAAACCUGCAGCGGCGACGCACUCGUAGUGCAUACGAACCACUGGACACGCUGCCAUCAUUCACCCAGGAACGCAUGAAGAAGGAUCCAGCUGCACUGAUGAACAGUACCUUCCCUAGCAAUGAUUCAAGUGUUAUGAAGAACUGUUAUGAAGGCUUGCCUGAGCUUGCCAGGAUGGAUCGUCAUAUUGGAGUUGCCCCAACAAUAAGCCGACUGGAGACGUCGGGCGAUGUUUGGAACAACGAGAAGUACCUGGCACCAGGACAUGAACCACAGGCAUUCUACACAACUCAAUAUGCAACAAGGUUUUACGACAAGAAUCCCACGGGAGUGGAGAGACAGGGAUUUGUUGGAGGCAAUGCACUGCCAGGUGUCUGGGACGCCUUCAGCAAGAGCAACCGCGUGCACAGCAACGUGAACGGUCCAGAACGGGACAACCAGAAGCAGCUCAGUACAGUACAUCCGUACGUUGCCAGGAGUAUAAUGAAGCGGGACCCGUUCUUUCUGAGUGAUCCCCACGCACACAAAGUCAAGGCAUGACCACAAUCUCUGGCAUAGAUCAGCAUUGCAGCCUGUCCUCUCAUUACAAUGUACAUUUGCUGUCCUCUCAAUGCAAUGUCAUGUCAACUCUUUCCACUAUCUACAGCAUGGCCACUGUAAUGUUAUUGUAGUGUGAAGUUCCGAGCAAGAUGCGAGCAAAGUAGGUGCGAGUGCCCUGAGUGAGUGGUCUACUGUGCGCUCUACUGUGCGUAUGUUGUGCAUGCUCUAAGCGUGCAGUUAGUAGCACAGUGAGUAAUGUGGUAGUAUACAUAUGUUGUGCAUUAGUAGCUACUGUGCAUAUGUUGUGCAUGCUCUAAGCACACCUAGUAUCACAAUGAGCACUGUAGCACUAUGCUCAGGACUGUAGCCAGGAAUUCUUCUUCAGGGAGUAGGUGUUUUAAUCUUUCCCACUUUAGUCAACUGUAACUAAUAAUAAAGGUUCGCAAAUCCGCCA